CAUUAUCGUAUCACAGUUCCUCUAUUAGAACUGCUUAGAAGAAAGUAGAGAGGAGUGUUUGGAUCAAUUACUGACAAUGUUUUGGAGCCUUUAUUACAUAAUUACAGAAAGCUGAUUUUGGCUGGACAGCCAUCGUUUUGUCUCCUGAUUAAUCCUGAAUUGGGGGCCAAUUAGGCCUGAUCAACUACGAAUUUGAUCAAAUGGAUGAGGAAGAACUUCGGUGUUUUGGGGGUACUCCGAUGAGAAAAGGAGACUAUGUAAACAUCGUGCGAGGCCUAUUUGCAAGGUUGCUAUUCACGUCCCAUGCUUUUCUAUGUGCCAGACAAUAUUCUCACAUGAAGGGAACCAAAGAAGGGUGGUUUAUGUUGCUACUGUUAAUCGUGGUAUAUGGAGAGUUCAUCAUUCUUAUUGUACUUCGACGUGGCAAGGAAUGGAAGUGGUUUUUCUUAUCUAUCUUGUGCUAUCUACUGGCUGUAGUGCCAACACUUUGGACAUUAGAAAUUGAAGCUUUGAAUACUAGAGUGGAAAACUCUAUGAAGAUGGGUGAAGAUGACUGUGGUAUAAAAACCAUGAUGCACAAUAAGACCCAGACCGUCAAAAUGGAAAAAAUAUCAGUGUUGCUAGGAUUGCGGAUGACGGAUCAAGAGUGGUCAUUAGUCCUUCAACAAAAACUGCUCUUCGUGCUCAUUAUUGGUCGCUGGAUACUACCACGUGGACCAAUCACAAGUGAUCAAUUAUCCCAGCUUCUUCUUGUGUACAUUGGCAUAGGAGCAGAUAUUCUGGAAUUUUCCACAGAAGGGUUGCGAUUACCAAGCGUGCAAUGUAAUUCUACGGUGAUUAUUGUAAUUCUCUCUGUGUGGACAGCAAGUUUACUACAGUUUACUUUGUCAUUGACACUACGAAAGAGACCAAAGCCCCGGCAACAUGUUAAGGGUUUCAAGAAGUUUAAAUUUUUGGCUGGUACGUGUUGUGCAACUGAAGUUUGGAGUAUCUUAGUGACGGUAUGCAUGCAAGAUGGUCCAUUCUUGCUGGUCCGAAUCUACCUAAUUAUAUUUCGCAAAGUUUUUAAUCAGCUUCUUCUAUUUUUUGCCUUUAAAAAUUUGCUUGUAAUAUUCCUGCAGUGUUACAGGCUCUGGGUGUUGUUAAAUAGGCGACUGGAUGUACGCCGUUCCCACCGAAAACGUGUUGCUCUCAAAAUAGCAAAUGUUAGAAAAGUAGAGGAAGGGAUAAAUGUUAGAAAAGUAGAGGGAGAAGAAAAUGAUAUUGAUGAAUCACAAGUAUGAUGCUUCAGUACCUCAUUCAGCAAUGUUACAGAAGAACUUGCUUAUAUUAUCUACCAGCAAUAGAAGAUCACUAUGCCAUUUAUAAAGUUACCAAACAAUAUAUUUUAUGCAAAAUACUGUAUGUAAGUAUGUUAUAAAAAUAAUACAUUUCUGC